GGCAUUAACAGUAUAUAUUUCUGUAAAUUAACUCCAAGCUUCAGCUGAUAGGGGCCAAAUAUGUUAGCCAAUAAUCCCCCCAGAAGACUGGCCUCCUGAAAUUUAAAAGACGACGUCGGUGACAUAAGAGGUCACUAGGAACAAUCCAAGUAAGUAGGAACUCACCCAAUUCUGUUUGUGUGGAAUGUUUCUUCCUUGUUUUUUCUCUCUUCCUUGUUUCUUUCCUCUUCUUCUCUGAGUGGAUGACGAAAGAACAACAGUUGAUCUGAUAGUUUUUGCAAAUUAGACGGACAAUAAUACAUACGUUAGGAACGGCCCUCAUUCGCUCCCUAGAAAGCAUAUACUUAGUGGGAACCAUCCAAAUUUGGUAGGAUUCUUCCCCUACGGUCCUCUCUCUCUCCCCCUGCCUAGCAAAUAGCCAAAUAGCAAUGAAAAACCACUCAAGGAGCACGGACCGGUCCGCAGAAUUUGAAAAGGCAAAGUCAAAAAAAGCUGCUUAAUCAGCCCAAAAGAGAAGCUCUAUAAAAACUGGGAACCGCCUACCAUUAACCCAAAGCAUUAAGGAAGAGCAAACUUCCAUCGUUUAUCUAAGUUUGCGAAUAUGGACGUCGAAAAAGUCUUCCACAUGACAGGAGGAUUUGGAGACACGAGCUAUGCUGCAAAUUCAUCACUCCAGAAAAAAGCCUUUGACAUGGUGAAGCAUAUCACCAUCAACACCAUCCUGGACCUUUAUAUAACAACAAGUACACAGGGCUUGGCGGUAGCUGAUUUGGGUUGCUCAUCGGGCCCUAAUACUUUAUCAGUGAUAAGAGAAAUUAUUAAUGCUGUUGAAGGGAUGCGUCGUAGGAUCUUACGUCCGAGGACAGAAUUCCGAGUGUUUUUGAACGAUCUCCCAACCAAUGACUUCAAUUCAGUCUUCAUGACCUUGCCAGAUUUCUACAAGGAGCUUAAGAACGGAACGAGUGAUGACGGCACUCCGUUUGUUUUCAUAUCUGGAGUUCCCGGAUCUUUCUAUGGGCGCCUUUUCCCCCGCAGUAGCUUGCAUUUCAUUCAUUCCUCCUAUAGUUUGCAUUGGCUCUCUAGGGUUCCUCCGACACUUUAUGAUGAGAAGGGGCAGUCGAAAAACAAGGGGCAGAUAUACAUAUCCAAAGCAAGCCCCCCAUCGGUAUCGGAUGCCUACUUGAUGCAAUUUCGAGAGGACUUGUCACUGUUCCUGAAAUCAAGGUCUGAAGAACUGAUGCCAGGAGGAAGAAUGGUUUUAGUCUUUCUGGGAAGAAGAGGUCAAGAUCAUCUUGAAAGGGGCAACGCUUUCCUGUGGGAACUCCUCGCCCGAUCGUUGGCUGUUAUGGUCGCUCAAGGAGAGGUGGAGGAAGAAAAACUGGAUUCUUACGACGUUCAUUUCUACGCCGCAUCCAAAGAUGAAAUAGAAGAUGAAGUGAGAAGAGAGGGAUCCUUUGCUAUUGACUGCCUGCAAAUGUUCGAAAUAGAAAGGGAGGUCAAACAUGGUAUGAGCUAUGGACAGAUUGUGGCGACGACGGUUAGGGCCAUCCAGGAAUCUAUGAUUUGCCAUCAUUUCGGGGAAGGAAUUGUGGACAGAUUGUUUGAAAUCUAUGGUAGAAUGGUCGAUGACGAAAUGGCUAAAGAAGAGAUCAAGCCCAUCACUUUUAUUGCAGUUCUGAGAAAAUCGAUUUGAGUCAAGAAAACUUGUUUUGUUUCAGCAUAUAUACUCGAUCUUACCUGUAUCCUAUCGUAGUAUUUGUGGGUUUGCAACAUGGAAACUGACAAGUGUUGAAUUUGGAAUUGAAUUGGGAAUCCAUUAUUAAUUAAGGUUGACAACUAGA